AUGGCAUCCUCUAUUGCUUCUACUCACUCACAGGCCCCGAGCCAGCCUUCGUCUCCUUCCACCCACGAACACCCCUUGGAACCAAUCGCCUCGGAUGCAGUUCUGAUUAAAGAGGGCAAUUGCUGGAUCCUUUAUAUCACCGACAAGUCACCAAACCCGGACUCUAUACCUGAUCUUCAAUGGGAGCAGUGCUCGAACAUCAGCGUACGGAUCAAUCCACUGCCAGACUCUCCUCCAGGGUCCGAAUACCCCAUGAUCCGUUCUCGCACAGCUGAAGGUGCAUACGUGGCCACGCCCAUGUGGCGUCUCGUCGACCUCGCCCAAAUGAUGGCAGCCUUCCACUGGAUUGAACCAGAAUCGAUCCACAACACUGCCGCUUUAGCGUCUCAGGCGAGGUUACUGACUCCUCCCUUUGUUCUGCCUCAAGUCAGCGUCUCCUGUCUGGAUCGUGACAUCCCUGCCGAGCGCAACACAGAGCACGAGGAAAUGGUUUGGUAUCGAUGUCACCAAGUCCUUCAGAAUUCCUACAAGAGUGGCGAACUCGCGCAACUCUUUCCAGGUGCCAUCGGAGUGUGGAAUCUUCUCGGGACUCGCCUUAUGAAAUACGCUUACGUCGUCAAAGGUCUGGGCGAGACUCGUCCAACCACGUCGUCGGUCACUCCAGCUCUUUCUGACGCCCUGAAGCUUCCUGUGGAUGUUAUCCGCAACGGGAUGAAGGAGACACCAGACCCAGAGAACUACCUUUACAUGAAACCGCCUGCGUCUUCAAACGAACAGGGUCAUUCGUGA